GGAAAAGCAAGUCAAGUUCCUUAUUGGCAAGACCAAGGAUGCCCUCGGGGAGAACCUGCUCCGACCUGCUGCAAGCCCCGAUGACCCCAUCACAGACAUCACCACGGGCAAGGGAUACCGAAAGAUGCGUGAAGAGGCGAAGUUGGCAGUUGAUGACUUGACGCUGACUAUCAACACGGAUGGUAGUCCUGUCUUUGAGUCCUCAAAGACCUCUGUCUGGCCCAUCCAGUUCGUCAUCAACGAGCUGCCACCUCAUGUGCGCUUCAAGCACCCAACCCUUGCCGGCCUCUGGUUCGGGAAAACUCACCCAAAUAUGCAGACUUUCAUCGGCACAUUUGUGGAAGCAGUGAACUCCAUGCAGCCCGUCAAGUGGAAGCAUGGGUCCCACCUGUACCAGUCCAAGGCCUUCGUCCUCUGCUGCUCCGUGGAUGCCCCGGCACGAGCAGCAGUUCAGAACAUGGUGCUGUUCAACGGUUACCAUGGCUGUCCAUGGUGUCUGAUCACGGGCGAAUACCGUGAAGGGAGCAUGCGCUACAUCGCUGAUGAGCCUCCAGCUCUCAGGUCAUCAGCUAUGGUUUCCCGCGACAUGCAGCUGGCACUGGCAUUCAAGGAUAGUGUCAACGGCAUCAAAGGCCCUUCAGCAAUGAUGAACCUCCCAGGUUUUGAUCUCGUCACUGGCUACAGUGUCGAGUACAUGCAUUGCGUGCUGCAGGGAGUGGCAAAGCAGGUGGCUGAACUGCUUUUCUCCUCGUCAAACUCAAACCAGCAUUUCUACAUAGGAACUGCGGCCACUUUGGCGAGGGUCAACGCUAGGCUUCUCUGCAUAAAGCCUCCGCAUUGCAUCACCAGGCUUCCUCGGUCAUUGUGUGAGCGGAGCUACUGGAAAGCAUCGGAGUGGCGCCACUGGCUGCUCUUCUACAUGCUCCCCUGCCUGCAGGGCAUCCUUCCAGUAGACUACUGGAAGCUGCUUGCAAAGCUCUGUGGGGCUGUCCACAUCCUUUUGAGGGACAGUAUCGCUCUUCAUGAGAUCCAACAGGCAGAGCUGCUGCUCGAGACCUUCGUUGGCCGCAGCAAGACACUGUUUGGCGUGACCUCUGCCACAUUUAAUGUGCACCAGUUGCUACACCUAUGCAACUGUGUCCGUCAGCUCGGCCCACUCUGGGCCCACUCUGCCUUCGUUUUCGAAGGGGGGAAUGGCAGGAUUGUGAAGCUCGUGUCAGCCGCGCGAGGACUCCCUGACCAGAUUUUGGAGCGGGCCGUGAUGGCUCAACAGGUUGAGUGUCUCCUGGCAACAGCGAAGUUGCCCGACAGGGAACAGGAUGUGUGCACGAGGUUUCUCGGUUUCCCUCCUAUUCAGAAUGCAAGCCAUGUGGAGGGAACAUGUCUGCUUGGAUGUGGAAGCGCUGUAAGCUUGAGUGCAGUGGAAAAGCGUGCUCUUGAGCAGCACUGUGAUUUACCUUGCACCACUGGAACAGAGUAUGAACGCUUCGUCUUUGACCGUAAGGUAUUCCACAGUGCUGCCUACACUAGGCCAGAAAAAAGCAACACCACGGUCGUCUCCACACAAGAUGGGGAGUACUACAAGAUUGAAAAAAUCAUCCUGUUGUCACUUCCCGCCCAGACAUGUGUCCUCCUCUGCCGUCCAAUUGUCCUGAUGGAGGAAUCAUGCAUGCCACCGCACAUCAAGGAAUGUUUUCUUUCAGAAAGCGAGGCCCUGACCGUCCUACAGCCCAGUAGUAUCAAGGACAGCUGCCUGUAUAUAGACUUUGUCAGUGAAAACAAGUCAUUUGUGUGUGAUUUACCAAACAGCAUUGAGAGGGAUUAG